CUUGUGGGUAAAACAGAUGUUUUAAAUAAGAUAGCCUAGCAUACGGCUUUUAAGUCAAAUCAAACGUCUCAGUGGUUGUUUUCGUCAUUAUAUUUGCUUAAAUCAAGGAACGCAAAUUUGUCAAACUAUCUUUAUGCGAAGGAGCAGGAUGUUUAAUAGUGUUGAGAAAUCUAUUGCAAUUUGCUUUGUCAGUCGAGCUAUUUCAGGAUCUUGAAAUUGUUUGGUGUUAAAAAAUAAUUAAGUCGGUUUGUUAACCGUAAGUUAAUCGGUGAUACACAUGAGAAAUUGUGCGGAUCGUUUGAAAUGCAGCAAUUCAGGUUAUAAUUAAGGAGAAGAAGAAUAAGAUAGACUUCAGAUUGACCCAUAUAAUUAUGUUAAUUUGUAGUUUAGUUAUGUUGACCGGACGAAGUUGAGAAAAGACUCAUCGUGGUAGAGGGAAAGUAAGCAAUUAUUUCAUGGUUUAUGUGUGUUAAACUUUGAAGUCGGAUUAAUUUAUUAAUAUGCCAACAUAAAAUAAAGAACAUCUAAAAUACCGAACGAAUCUUGAACUUAAAUUGGGAAUAUACCAAUUCGUGGUGCUAAAAAACAAACAGACCAACAUCGAAAUCAAAACAAUCUUGAGUCAUGUGAAGCUGAGUCAAGCACGCUAACGCAAAAUAUGGCGUUACAAAGCGAAAAGAAACUAAAUUUGGACAAAAGGAAAAUCAAUGAAUUAGAGUCGGAAAUAUCGAGCUUGAGAGUCGCACUAAGGCAGUAUGAACAAGAAAAUGACGAACUAAGAACAAGGUUAAGUCGAUUGGAAUCGGAUCGUCUCUUGAACAAUAACCCAAACAUUGCAUACCUCAGCGACCCUUACCGUCCAACGAAGAUCGCAGAACAGUUUUCUGAGUUUUAUGACACAGUGUAUACAGGGGCGUAUGAAAAGCUUCUUGAACUGAACAUGACUGAAGUGGAAGCCACAAACCUUCUCUUCAAUAUAUUGAUGCAUAUAUACGAUGUCUGCAGAUCGAAAUCACAAAAUGACCUCUUUUGUUUGAGGGAAGCUUUUCGCAUAUUUACCGGGAACGCCACAAUGAUACCUUCCGACAAACUUGAACAAUUCAAAGACAUCAGAAAGAAACAGUUUAAACAAUUCUUACCAGAUUUACAGAAGACCAUUUUUGAACGUGUAUUAGAAGUCUGGAUCCCAGACGCCUGCAGAAGAACAGCUGAGGUUAUGCUUUUUGUGGAAAAUGCUACAGAGAUAUGUUGGCUUAUAUCUAUACAGGACCCACCCUUAUGCUUGGUCGGGGAAGUCAAUGCAGACGAUUGUUUUGAUAAAAGUAUGUUCAGAGAGUAUACGAAACGUGGACCACGGUAUGAUUUCGUUGUCUGGCCGGCUUUGUUGUUGCAUGACGGAGGACCUAUGCUCCUUAAAGGCAUAGCGCAGCCUAAAAAAAUACUCACAGCGGCAACCGAUUUGAUGAAAACAAUACUCAAAUAGAUGACAGCUUAGAAAGACGAAGCACACAAAUAGAAAAGCGAUUCGUUUCAAGAAUCAGCAUUGUAACAAGCACAGGUGUGGACGAUUUAAUACAUGAUACAAUAGAUAGAUCGUCACAAAGCGAGACAUCCGAAGGAAUUGUAACAGAGACAGGAGUUAAUUGUGCUCAAGUAACCACUCCAGUCCGACCACCAAGAUCGAACAAGGCCAAGCAGAAAGAAACAAAAAAGAAGCCAGUUGGGGUUGAAAGGAACGGAACUUAUGUUACAUCUUCAUCUAUUGGUGAGCCUUUAAAACUUGAAAAUGAUACAUCUGGGAGCAUUAAUGAGGUACAGGACCUAGACCGUGAAUUUUCCACCAACCAUGAAAAUGCAUUUGCUCUACCAAAGAAGACUGUUAAUAAACAAGCACGUGGCAAGCGACAUGCGAAAAAUCCAAUGAGAAGUGAAACAAAACCUACACAAUAAAGACAACAUUCAAGUACAAUUGUUCAACUUUUUUAUAAACAGUUUAUGACAAGGUCUCCAAAGUGUUAAAAUACUAUUCAUGACAAGAAAUGCGUCGCUUAAUUUGAUGUCGAGCAUAAGACUUGAAAACGCUUCAAAAGAAUACAAUACACUUAUCCGGCCCCAUUUUCUCGAGCUAUUUUAAGCGAAACAGGCUUAAGUACCCUACAGCUUUAUUAAGCUUAAUUUGUUGCGUCAAGUGCAUUUUUCUACAGAAAAAAGUAUAUCGUGAUUAUCUUAAAUAUUAUGUGUUUGUAUUCAGCAAAAUCUUUCAAAAUGGGAAUUUUGCGCAAAUCGUACCAAAACAAAUAUGAGGGGCUUAUCUUGAUCUUGUUUUAUAAAGGGACUGAAGUGUUCGAGAAAUUGGGGCCUGUCUUUUAUAUAAAGCAUGCAAAGUGAUAUUCGGUUUUACUUCUGUGCUAUUCUCACAAGUAUUCCACUGUCAAUCAUUCAGUAACAAUUCCAUACAUAAGUUGACUUAUUAUGUAUUAUGGUAUAUAAUUAAUCAAUUAUGAAAACGUUUUUUGCAAUA